AAAGAAGAGUAAGAAUUUUGUCAUGGAGAGUGCAUUCGAUAGUGUGAGGGUGUGGUGACAGUAAAUAUGUAUUUUCUAUGCAAAGGAUAAAACUAUGUUGCUGUAGGUGCCACUGGAAUAUUCAUUAUGGCCGCUACUUGUGGAUACGAUCGUGGAUUCAUAGGUGGCUGUCUGCCGGAGGAUGGCGUGCCGGACAUGACUGUGAUCAGUGACAUUGACGAGCAGGGAAUCAACACUAAUCUCAAGACACGGUACAAGAGAGAUCACAUCUACACUUACACCGGAACGAUAUUAGUUGCAGUGAAUCCAUAUAAAGAAUUGCCUAUCUAUGAAACUAAUUGGGUUCUUCAGUACAGCGGCAAAAAAAUUGGCCAGCAAGAUCCUCAUGUGUUUGCUAUAGCUGAAGCUGCAUACAAUAGUCUUCAAACAUUAGAUGCAAAUCAAGCCUGUGUCAUUAGUGGUGAAAGUGGUGCAGGAAAGACGGAAACUACUAAAUUCAUUCUCCAGUAUUUGUGUACAGUCACAACAAAUAUCUCAACGUGGAUUGAGCAACAAAUUCUUGAAGCAAACACAAUAUUAGAAGCUUUUGGCAAUGCAAAAACUGUUCGAAAUGACAAUUCCAGUAGAUUUGGCAAAUUCAUCCAAGUGUGCUUUGAUUCAAGGUAUCAAAUUAAAGGCUGCAUUAUUCAAGACUACCUUCUGGAACAAUCUCGCAUCACUUUCCAGUCUAAGGGGGAGCGAAAUUACCAUGUUUUCUACCAACUCGUUGCUGGUGCGCAACGGAACAGGGACUUGAGAGAACAGUUCAUGAUUGGAACUGCCGAAUCUUACACAUACCUUAACCAAAGCAACUGUUUCAAAAUCGAGGGCGUCGAAGAUGCAUCGAUGUUUGAUGCUCUGAGACUCGCCAUGUCUGUAUUAAACGUGCCCACCGAAAUGUGUGAUGGUAUAUUUAGUGUACUUAGUUCCAUCCUUUGGCUUGGAAAUCUGAAUUUUCAAGAUGUGGAUGGAGAGAGGUGCAGUUUAACGUCAGAAGAUGAGGAAAUUAUCAUGACCGUUGCCACUCUUCUUGGUUUGAUGCCAGAUGAGCUAACUCAGGUUUCCCUCCAGCGUCAGAUUAACGUCCGGGGCAACGUCACGGAAAUUCCUCUCAAAAUAAGUGAAGCACGAGAAAACAGGCAUGCUAUGGCUAAAGCCCUGUACUCGCGAACAUUUGCUUGGAUAGUCAACUACAUUAAUACUUGUACAAAUCCUGGCCAAGACAGUGAAAGAUUUCUUGGAGUGUUAGAUAUUUUUGGUUUUGAAAAUUUUGAUAUAAAUAGCUUCGAACAACUAUGCAUUAAUUUUACAAAUGAGAAACUGCACAAGUUUUUUAACCAUUAUGUUUUUGCUUUGGAACAAGAAAUUUACCAAGAAGAAGGUAUUGUGUACUCCCACAUCACAUUCACUGACAAUACUCCUUGUUUAGAGUUACUAGAAAAGCCUCCAAAAUGUGUAUUAAGGUUGCUUUCUGAAGAAUGUCGAAUGCCAGGAGGCACAGAUUUGACUUAUGUAACUAAGUUGCAUCAAGAAUUUGAGUACCAUGAAAAUUACCUAAAAGGUGAUGAUAGACGUCGUUGGGAAUCUGAAUUUGGUAUCACUCACUAUGCUGGGGCAGUUGUUUAUACAGUAGAAGGUUUUCUGGAAAAGAACAAAGAUGCCCAACAAGAUCAACUGUUCGAACUUAUGCAAAAGUCAUCCAAUUCUUUUGUUCAAGAGCUUACAAAGUUUCAGGAUCUAUUAAGUGUCACUACAAAUCGACUGAUGAAGACAGCAGCUACAAUAUCCAGAACCAUGACAAAGGGUAAACCGACUGUUGCUGAUGCUUUUCGACAUCAACUUACUGCACUUGUUGACUUGCUGCACUCUACAAAUCCAUGGUAUGUACGUUGUAUAAAACCAAACACUAAGAAGGCUGCUAAUAACUAUGAUGAGCAACAAGUUUUGACUCAAUUACGCUAUCUGGGCAUGUUAGAUAUUAUUCGGAUUAGAAAAGAGGGCUUUCCUAUACAUACAACUUUCAAAGAAUUUCUCUUAAGAUACAGAUGUUUAGUUAGAACAAAGAAACUUCCUGAUGAUCCAGUACAAGCUGUUCGGGCAAUGUUGACUAUGAUGAAUUUUCCAACAACUGAAUGGCAAAUUGGAAAAACAAAAGUAUUUCUUCGUGGAAGUAUAUAUGAGCCACUGGAAGACCAAAGAAAAGUUUUAAUGGUACAAAUGGCAAUUAUAGUACAGAAAAUUUGGCGGGGAUAUGUGUGUAGAAAAUUCUUCAAUAAGCAUAGAAAUGCUGCUAUCAUUAUUCAAAGUUUCUUUCGUGGCCAUUCUCAGAGAAUUCAUUACAUGCACAUGCGAAGAGCUGCGAUUACUAUUCAGGCUUAUGUAAGAGGCAUGUUUGCUAGGGAAGUCGCUUCUGCUUUAAGAGAAAUGAGAAGAGUGGAAGAAGAAAUGAGAAGGAAAGAACUGGAGGAGGAGGAAAGGAAAAGGCAAGAACAAGAAAGAUUAGAAAUGGAAGAAAAGGAAAGACAAGCUUUGGAAGAAUCUAUUAUACGGCAAUUAGAAGAGGAUGGCGGGGCAACCCAAAAAGAGCUGGCUGCAAUUACAUCUCUUGUAGAACAUAAUGUAAAGCGGGCCCAAGAAUCCUCUGAAUGCUUGGAUCUUGACGAGAUGUUUUCUUUCUUAAGUGAUGUUCAGGAAACAAAAUCUCAGGUUCAGGAUUUUGUGUCAGAAAUUGGGCAGCAAAUGGAGGCUCUUCUUCAAGAUGUUGAAGAUGAGUUUAACUUGCAAGAAAAUGCUCAAGUUUCGGCAGAAGUCCAAGCGAGGACACCAGAAGCUUCGCCUAGUCCUCUGCCACCUCCAUGUUCUAGUCCGAUGACGUCUGCAUCAUAUUCGCCUGUCAGGUCUCCUAGUGCUGCUUCUGACCAUGCAGAUUCUCCUUCACCUCUACCACCUCCCACCUCUCCUGUCAAUCUAGUCAAUGGAGACGCACAAAGGUCUCCUCCCAUUGCGAAGAGGGCUGUUCAGUCUCCAUCAUCCUCAGGAGUUCCAUUCAGGGAGAAAGUUGCAUCUGGUCGAGCAACACCAGAAGCUAUGGAUCAGACUAAAGGCACAAAAAGGAACCAUGUUGUUGAUCCUGAUAAUCCUGAACGAGAGUUGAGGAGAAAACAGAGAGUGGAGAAACGACUUAUUGAAAGAGAAGCAGAAGAUAAAGUGAAUGUAGACGACGAUGAAAAUUAUUUUGAUAUGAUUGAAUUUGCUGAGAAAUAUUUCAAUUGUCAUAUGAGAGAUACUGGAGGUACCAUAAUGAAAACACUUUCUAGAAGAAGGAAAUCCUCUGGUGAUAUGAUUCCUAAAUACGAGAUGGUAACAUAUACCCGAAACAGCUCAAUACCUACUUCUCAUGUUCAUAUGUAUGAUCCUGAAAAUAUUCAGUUAUCUUGCACAAUAUUCAAAGAACUCUGUAGGUAUUUGAAGGCUGACCUCAAAUCUGAAGGUGAAGUUCAAGCCAUACAAUCUAUUGUUGGCUAUGGUAUUGACCGAGAAGAAUUAAGAGAUGAAAUUUUGGUUCAACUUGUUCGUCAGUCUACCAACAACCCAUGUCGAGAUGCAACCCUAAGAGCUUGGUUGCUGAUGUGCUUAUGUGUUGUUGCAUUUUAUCCCAGUAAAACCUUUAAUAAGUAUUUUAUCAGUUUCCUUCGGAAAAAUCUUCGUGGAGAUGCUACUAUUGCAAGGUAUGCCCAGUGGUGUCUUGAUCACAUCCACACCACAAAAGUAACACCUCGUAAAAUGCCUCCUUCUGCUUUAGAAAUAAGUGCUGUUCGAAAUCUUGGAAAUCUAGUCUGUAGAUUUUAUUUUAUGGAUGGAAGGACUAAGGCUAUUGAUGUUCAACCAUCUGAUACAGCAAUGGAUGCUAUGCAACAGCUUGCAAUUAAAACUGGCCUUAGAAGUUUGGAUGGUUGGGCAUUAUAUGAAAGUACUCCAGAAUAUGAUCAUGUAAUUAAAAGUUAUGAAUACUUGGCAGACAUUAUUUCAAACUGGGAAUUUUGUCAAAGGACUUCUGCUACAUUUAGCAAGUAUAAUACCUUAUCCAGGCGAGGUCCCACCUUGGCUCUGGGUGGUGGGGAGUGCCGCUUUUUAUUUAAAAAGAGGCUCUUCCGAAAUCCCAGGGAAAUACCUCAAGAUCCAGUGGAGGUUAACCUUCUCUUUGCUCAAGCUGUUCAUGGAGUAGUAAAAGCUGAUGAGUAUCCAAUAAAUGAGAGAGUGGCAUUGCAACUUGCUGGCCUUCAAGCUCAGGUGUUAUUAGGUGAACCUCAAGAAGCUAAGGUGGAAAGGUAUGCCGAAGUUGGCAAUUACCUUUGCAACAGGCUAAGAAAAACUCGAAGAGACAUUGACUGGAUACCAGACUUAUCUGAGGCUCACAAGAUAUAUGGAAGUGGAAAAUCUGAACUUGUAGCUAAAGUGUGGUACUUGUCUGUGGUGAUGCAGUAUCCAUUGUACGGCACAACCUUAUUUCCUGUUACUUACAAAGGUUAUCUUUCUUAUGGACACAAAUUAUUGCUUGGAGUAAGUGCUGAAGGAAUAUUGAUGGUAAACUUGGUUGACAAAGGCAUUCUUAAUGCAUAUCGAUACUGUGAUGUUGAAUCUGUGAUGGUUGACCCCAGUGAUGACUUAGUGACUAUAAAUCUUUUGAAAACUCUUCCUGACACACACAAAUGCUUCAUUUUUGAAACUAGUCAAAAGAACGAGGUGGCUAAUUUGAUAGCAAGUUAUUCUCCAGCACAUGCCAACUGGUUGCGGCCUACUUACGAGUUGGGCUGGAGGGUGAAAUUAACUUUUGAGGAUCGUCAAAAAUUGUACCAAGAUGUAGUCAAUUGUAGAAGAGCACUUGUGGAUAUGGCAUUAGUAAGAAAACCACAGGAAGAGAAUGUUGGAUUAUUUAGGAGUACAUUAAGGAGAUUCAAUCGAGGAAAGAUGGAAAAAUUGCGUCAAGAUUUUGGUGAAAUUGAUGAGAGUUACAAGUCUUUCCGUCACAGCCAUUGGGCUUUCACUAAAAAUGCACUUACGCACAGCCUUAGUGUAAUUAACGAACCUGAAAUCGAAGAUACUGCCUUACACGUGUUUUCAUCAAUUCUUGCUUACUCAGGACUCUUAGAGCAAGAAGAUGCAGAGUGGCUUGGAGAAAAAGACCAUCUGCAAUUAGCUCAAUCUAUUUUAGACAGAAGUAUGAAAAAAGAAGCUCUAAUAAAUGAACUAUUUUUGCAGCUUAUUAAACAGACAACUGAUCAUCCUGAUGCUAAUAGCCGAGUAAAUUUGAGGCAUUGGCAAUUAAUGGCCCUAGCAUGCAGCGUCUGCGCUCCCACUGAUCGGCUCAUCAUAAGUUACCUUCAUGCCCAUGUGCGUCGGUGUUCCAUUGAUGAAGUUACAGAAGAGGGGCAGUAUGCACAGUUCUCCCUUAGGUGCCUCAUGAGAUCUCUUGAAACGCAUGGUCGGCGUUGGCCACCUUCGAAGCAAGAGAUAGGAUGCACCAUCAGCAGAAGACCCGUGCAUGCUAGAAUAUAUUUCCUAGAUGGACAGUUUCAGCCUGUUGAAUUUGAUCCUUGUGCCUCUAUGGGAGAAGUGAUGGAAAUGGUGCGAGCCAAAAUUGACUUGCGUCCAAGAGUUGAGGGUUAUGCCCUCUAUGAAAUUAUUGGCAAUAAUGAACGAGCACUUCUUCCCGAAGAAAAAAUUUGUGAUACUAUGGCUAAAUGGGAAAGGUAUCAGGAAGGUCAAAGUAAAAUAACUGCCAAUAGAAUGCAGCACUUUUUCUUAUUCAAGAAACAUCUGUUCCUGGAUGCUUAUAUUGAUCUUGGUGACAGAGUGGAGAAAGAACUUAUUUACCACCAGAUUGUCCAUAAUAUUCGGCAUGAUCGUUUCCCAGUUACUGAGCAAGAGGCUGUUAUGUUAUGUGCCCUAAAAGCUCAGUUAGAUGUUGGUGAUUGUCAGCAAGGAACUUUAGAUUACAAGAGAGUUAUGUGUGAAUGCUUACCACCCAGAAUAAUGUCUCAAAUAUCACCCGAAGCUGUUGAAACACAGCAUCGAAUUUUGGCUGGAAUGGAUGUGGAUCAAAGCAAAGCUGGAUUUCUUAUGCUGGUCCAAUCUUGGCCUUUAUACAGAGCAACCAUUUUCGAAGUCAUGGUAAAAUGGACUUCUUUGCAAUCCUAUACUUCAUCUUGGCCUAAAGCAUUGUGGCUAGCUGUGGAUCAAGUUGGCAUUCAUUUGCUGGAACUUAGAUCUCGGAAUGUCUUGUGCACAUGUGAAUACGAAAAUAUCAUCAACUACAGCCCGUCAUUGAACAGUUUAAUGAUUGUUACUGGAACUGGUCGGAAAGGAUCCAAAUACAUAUUUUCUACAAACCAGGCCACUCAGAUUGCCCACCUCAUAAAAGAUUAUACCAAUGUGAUAGCCAUUAAACGAAAACCUGUGGAAGUAGCUCGGCGAAGAAGAACCCAAGAACUUCAUGAUGGAGCCAAUCAGAAGCCUCGGCCUGUCAGUAUUCUGUAUAAGCCUCCCCCACCUUUAGGAAGCAACGAACCUGUGUGAAUGAUAAAGAAAGAACUAAUGCAUGAAAAGGUGUGCCUUUGGCUUAGAGUGCGAUGAUCUAAUUUUACGAUCCGGGAGACGAGGCUUGUGUUAAUAUGUGCUGAUACUACCUGCUUGAAAGGAUUAUUUUGUUAUUUAUUUUUCAUUCCAUUUUCUUUGACUUCAUUUUGUGAAGCUUUUGAAGUGGAAUAACAAAACUUGACCAAAUAUUUUCAUUCUUAUGUGAUGAUACAAUUUUUUGACAUUUUUUUUUAAUUUAUUGAACACGUUUUUUUUUAUUUGUCAUCUUAAUUGUAUAUUUGAAGUAUUACUUAGAAAGUACAGAAAAGAUAGUGAGUUUGUCUUUACUCUGUAAAGAUUUGGUGCUGGUGCAAUGAAAAUUUGUGUACAUUUUUUUUUACCAUUUAUUUUUUAUUUAAACUUUUUUUUUUUUGAUGAUUGUUUUACACACUUUGUAGUAUCCAAAACCAAGCGUACAAUUUUUUUUGUAAGUUAUUUUCAUGUGUGAAUGUGAAUGCGAUGCUAUUCAGGUUAUGUUUUGCUGAAUGACGAAUGUGUAGUUAAGACUCAGUUACCACUCUAUGGAUAUUUAUAUCAUGCUCAAAAUGGCUCAUCAUUAAUGCCUGUGAUGUUUGAUAAUUUAAGCUUUUCCCUAUCUUUGUGUGCAUUACCAUCAUCUAUAAGGAAACUUUCAUCUGCUUCUGCUUACAUAGCCCCAUGGUGUGUAAACUUUGCACUGCUUAAAAUGUGUGAUUGGCUGAAUUAUUGAGGGUGCAAUAGAAGUGUGCUAAUAGAAGAAGCCAUAAAAAGUAGCUUAGUUGGAAGUUAAAGAAAUCAUGCCAAUUUCCAUUGUGUUUUUGGUAAUUAAAUUCUGUUCAACAUGUACAUUUGACUACUAAAAACUUUUUUAAAAACAAAAAUGCAUUAAAAGUUAUUGCUAGACAGGAUUUUUUUUUUGUAAUAUUAAAUGUUUAAUUUAUGAUUACCUUUUCAGAUUAAGAAGUUGUUAUUAAUAUAAUUUAUCAUGUUUGUUAUUUUUUAUUAUCAUAAAAAUCCGAAUUUCAAAUCAUUUUCUUGUUUGUUUUUUGUUAUAAAUGUAUAAUCAAAUGGGGAAUAUUUUGCCUUCUUUAGUUUGAAUAAUUAGAUCUGACAUUUCUUAUAAAUAAAUGACUGAACCAUAUUUGAGGUGCCAUAAUGUGGAUUUACAGCCAAAGAACUUAAAAUUACUCAGUGCCAAGGUUUAUUACUCUUUCCCUAUGAAGUAUGGAAAUGGUAUUCCACCGUUAUGUCUGUAUAAAUGCUUUACCAUCGUAACCUUUCCAUACUGUAUUGUGGAGCAGAGUUAACACUACUUACACAUUAAAUGUGCACUAGUACUAAUCGCUAAGAACUAAAGCAAACUGCUAUGAUUAUUAAAUGUGAAUAUCAGUUGUUUUCAUGUUUCAAGGUUUUAUAUAAAUAGUUUCCAUCUAUUUGAGGUGGGUUUUUUACUUAAAUGUACAUUUUUUGGAAAUGCAGUUUUUAUUUCAUGUAAUUUUUAAAUAAAACUCUCCAUCAUAGUAGCAUGUAGAAGACUUUUUUAGAGUCUGUAGAAAUUAUAUAUAAAUAUAUAUAUCCUAUUGUAUGACAAACGUAUUUUGUUUUAAGGCAGACGUUUUUGCUCUUUUCUUGAUUUAAUGAGAUUUAUUAAGCUUAAAUAAAACACGAAAGAUUUUUACAUAUAUCGACUUUUGUUUUUAAAAUUUUCUUACAGGGAAGAAUGUAUAAAACAUAAAUUGCAAAUUGCCUAUUGGAAAAUUCUUUGAUUUCUUACAUUGAACUAUUGCAAUUUAAUCUUUUAUAUAAAUGACAUAAUGAUUGGUUAUCAUCAUUACGAUGAUUGGCAUUUAAAAAAUUAAUGUAUUUUAUUUUGUAAUGAUCAUUUUAUCUGGGGUUCCUCUUCAAUUUUACUAUCUAAGGUUUUAGAAGUAAGUGACUUUGAUAUUUUGCAACUUGUAGUAGGAAAGAAAAUAAUAAGAUAGCUAAUUCUUUUAAACAGUGUAUUUAAAAUAUCUUCCAGUCUUUACAUUGCUUUUAUGUUUUAUACUCUUAUGCAAUUCAUGCUAAAUUUUUUUUUAAUCUCUUGAAAGAUCUCAGUUUUAUUACUUUCAUUUUUCUUACUUUUGUCUACUAUUUUUAGAAGAAUAUUGUGUCAAAUUUUUUUGUGUUUUUUUUUUCUUUGUUUUCUUUACAUACUUAAUAUAUUUUUGUGUUUAAUAUGAUCUGAUUUUCUUUUACAAUCAGUAAGUGUUUUUGUUUUUUUGUAUAAUAAUCUGGAUUUUUUUUUUAAAUUUAUCAUUUUAUAAUUUUGGUAUAUUGACUGGAGAUAUCAAAAUUUUGAAUAUAAUGGUGCUUGGUGUUCUUUGUCAUAUGGUGCUUUUAAAAUCUUAAUUGGAUAGUUUUAAAAAGUACUCACUAAUGCCUUAUAAAAUGUAAUAACGUAGACAUUCGAAAAAUUGUUUUGUAGGAAAAAGUAACAGUUGUAUUACAUCACAUAUACCACCAGAAUAGGAAUCUUUAACAUUUCGAUUUACCAUAAAUUUUUACAUCCAAACGAAAUAAUUUAUUUUAAAUUCCAAUUCUAAAAAUGUAAAUUUACCUGAGGGGAAUUUUUAUUUAUGUAAAAAAUUUCUAGCUUUUAUACAGGUCAAAACAAUUUAUUAUACAUUGUUUCAACACAUACAAAAGACACAUUUGCCUUUUUUUUAUAAUAUUUUUUUUUGUAACUUGUAAUAUGUUGUGUAUAAUUCUAUGUAAAUACUAUUUAUCCUGGAAACUAUAUAAAAGCAGUUUUAUAUUCCUUCAGUUGAUUUGUUGGAAUAUAUUGUGAUUGAUUUCUAGUGUUAUAUCAAAAAUUUAUUAUGAGCUGUGCAAAAUAAUUAAUAAUCAACAUAUGUUUAUUGCUUUUUUUUUUCUAUGAAAGAGUUGUAUUUAAAAUAUAAUUACCAUCUUUCAUUUGCAGUUACUUAUGGAUGUUAAUAUAUUUUAGAGCCUUUGUAAAAGAAAUUAUUUUAUUUGUGAAUGUUUGUCUUCCGAUUAUCGGAGGCUUAUUUAUUAACAUUCCUGUAAACAAAGCUUGCUAUACAUUCUGUAUAUUAUUAUUAAUUGUAAAAAUUAAAGGUGGACCCUAGAGUUGUU